AUGUUCUUACAAGUCCUAUCAGCGAUAGGAACUGUGGUGGGCUUCCUAUUCUUAGUGCUUUCCAUAGCUUCCGGUUUAUACUACAUUUCGGAACUUGUGGAAGAACACACCGAACCCACGAAGAGACUACUCAGAAGGUUAAUAUAUGGUGUCAUGACCACGCUCACGCUCUUAUACUUAUUUGAUGGCUUUCCCUUCAAGCUUACGUUGUUCUCCAUCUUCACCUACUGGGUCUACUUGCAGAACCUCGAGAAGUUUCCCUAUGUCCAAUUGACUUCUCCCAUCUUCCUAGCAUCGUGCGCCUUGGUUGUUGCUAACCAUUUCCUAUGGUACGAUCACUUCCACAACCCAUACAUUCCACUGAUCGAGGAGCGUUUGCUGCCUACGUAUGUGCCGCCCAAGAUUCCAUCUUUUGUCGAGGUUUGCUCCUUUUUCGGCUUGUGCGUGUGGUUUAUCCCCUUUGCCUUGUUCGUCUCAUUGAGCGCCAAUGACAACUUACUACCCCAGCACGGAGCAAUUCCCGAAACCAAACAAAAGAAAAAGGUGGGAUUGGCCAAGCUCGUGGUGGCCACCGCCAGAGAAUAUGUGUAUGCCAUCAGCAGAAGAUUGGGAUAUGAAUUAGACCCCCACUAUGGCACCAUCGUGUAA